AUGGAUAGCAAGAAGGUCGAAUACUACAGUAUAACAUACCUGAUCAUGGACGAAGGUCACAAAUACACCUACAUCGCCGGUGGUGCCGUCGCUGCAGCAGAUGCCUAUUACAUCACUCAGAAGGCCCGAGCAUUGACAAGAGCCGUUUCACAAACGACAUCGACAAGUGAGACAUCGAAACCUUCCAGCGACACAACAGCUGCAACAGAGACAAGCACCACAUCGUCGGGAAGCGCCACAGAAGCCACUGCCGAAAUCUCUGAUGACAAUCGAUCCGAAUCGAGGAGUGACACGGGUGCAAUAGUCGGCGGUGUCGUUGAAGGCCUGGCUGUGCUUUACAGAACUGCUGUUGCGGUCAUAUAUCUACCCCGAAAGAGUCGUACGCAGAAGCUGGAGACGACGCCGGGGACAGGUCAGGGGAUGACCGAAGCACCGGGUCAGGCAUAA